AACGCGCACCAGAAUGGAAGAAUCCAUGGAACCUGAUGAACACCUUGAAGUUGAUCCCAGUGACAUAGCCAGUGAUAAUAAUAAUGAUAAUAAUGGUCUUGAGGUGAACUCAGAGCCUACAAAUAAUAGUUCUAUUCUUGAAGCUAAUCUAGAAGAAGGAAGUGCUGAGAAUCAACAAGAUAAUGCGUCAUAUAUCAGUAAAUCCAAAGUGAGUCUUCCUCUCUCCAAAGUGAAGAGCAUCAUAAAAUCUGAUCCUGACGUAGCUAUGACUGGGAGUGAAGCAGUCUACCUAAUGACUAAAAUGACUGAAAUGUUUAUUGGUCAUAUUGCCAAUAAAGCUCACUAUUAUACUAAACUGGGGAAGAGAAAGACAGUUCAAGAUAGAGACAUUAUUGCCUGUGUGACAAACAAUGAUGAGCUAGCUUUCUUAGAAGGAAUACUAGAGACUGAGGCCAAAUGAAACAGUUAUGAUUGCAGAGUAUCAGUGUAUAGUGUCUGUAUGAUUUAUUAUUAUUAUUGCUCAUCAUCUGAUGGUUCACUUAUUGUAAUAAUAAUCCUCUAUACUUUGCUAUUAGUUUUAUUCAUCCAUUCUAUCUAUUAAAUUUGUCAUAGUGUUACACUGCCUUAAA